AUGGCCAAGUUUGUCCUCCUUACUAGUCUCUCAAUCUUAGUUAUUGCUUUUACUUGUUCCUCAGCAAUGAGAGUCCUCGAUGAGACACCCAUAGACCCAAAUGAUCCUAAAGUUGUGAAAAUCGCAAAAUUUGCUGUAGACGAGCGCAACAAACAGGUUCGAACCAAAUUUGAACUUGAAAAAGUGAAUGCAGGAGGAACUGAAACAAUUCCUGAUGGUACCGUUUAUCAACUAAAUAUUAGUGUCAUUGAAUCUGAAGUUUAUUUCACAACUCGUUUUGUGGCUGUUCUUGUGCAUCCAGAUGGUUCCAAAGAACUUAUGUCUUUUGAGUGA